AUGAGCACAGCAGUAAAGCCACAUGGCUUCGGCAUGUGCAGCAAAGGAUUAUAUGAUACACCUUACGAAGGCAUUGCUACGUUCGCUCAUUUGAAUUGGACGAAUUGUUUUUCUCCGGACAAUGACAAGACGUUUGACGUCGGUAUCGUAGGGGCCCCGUUUGACCUUGGUGCCACGUAUAGGCCUGGCGCUCGAUUUGGGCCUUCAGGAGCCUGCAUGGGAGUGCGUCGGUUGGCGCCUAGUAUGGGGUAUAGGUAUGUCUUUAUCUUUGGAGGAUUAAGUGAGAAUACGUGUGCUUACAAAAGGUCUAGCAUGGAUCACGGCGUAAACCCAUUUCGAGAUUGGGCCGAAGUCGUCGACUGUGGAGAUAUUCGGAACACCCCUUUCGACAAUUUGCAAGCGAUACACGAACUUGAGCAAGGGUGGAAAGACAAGGGAGAUCAUGUACGAUUGAUUUCAAUUGGCGGUGAUCAUACAAUCACCCUUCCCGCUCUGAGAGCCCUGCAUCCGACAUGGGGUAAAGUCGCCGUGCUACAUUUCGAUUCGCACCUUCAUAGCUGGAAUCCAAAACAGUUAGGAGGUGGUCUUUCCAAGUAUGCCGAGGUGACCCACGGCAGUUUGUUGCAUCUUGCCCACGAGGAAGGCCUCCUGUCAGAGAACAGCAACAUGCAUUUAGGCUCUCGUUCCAUGCUCUUUGACAAAGAUUACGACCUGGACAACGAUGCUCGAUGCGGUUUUUCAUAUAUUCGAGCAAGGGAACUUGAUGUGAUUGGCUUAAACGCCGUCGUUGGGAGAAUCGUGGAGACAGUCGGCGAUCAAUUCGUGUACCUGAGUGUUGAUAUCGAUGUUUUAGACCCAGCCUUUACACCAGCAACAGGUACUAUCGAGCCCGGUGGUUGGACAACCCGCGAGUUACUGCAAAUACUGAAUGGGUUAUCGAGGGCUGGUGUGAAGAUCAUCGGAGCAGAUGUGGUUGAAUUUUCCCCAGUAUAUGAUGAUGCAGCCGAGAGGACAGUCAUCGCAGUGGGCCAGGUCGUGUAUGAGAUCCUCCAGUGGAUGAUCCGUGUACCAGUAAGCCGUGUGAAGUAG